AUGUCUACAAAGCACUCAUCUGCUCUGCAUGAAACCCAACUAUUCGGAUAUUGGUUCAUCACAUGGGGGAGGCGGCUAUUCAUUCUCGUUGUGGCUAUUGCGACCUUACGCUGGCUAGACCAUAUCAAGCACCGCUGGUACGUCUUCGACCCAGAGCUCCUCCACGAGCUCGCCCAGUCCGCGGUCUCCACCUACCCAAACAACCCACGAGGCAUGAUUACCCACAUCGUCACGAACCUCACCGAGACCUACCCCGCCACCCAAAUCCUGCUCAACACCGACAAGGAGUGGGUGUUCAACAACGCCGGCGGCGCCAUGGGCGCCAUGUACAUCAUCCACGCUAGCAUCACCGAGUACCUCAUCAUCUUCGGCACGCCCCUGGGCACGGAAGGGCACUCGGGCCUGCACACAGCAGAUGAUUACUUCUAUAUUCUCGUUGGGGAGGAGUGGGCACUCAGGCCGGGAAGUUUGGAGAUGGAGCGAUAUACGCCUGGGACGGUGAACCUCAUGCAGAGAGGUGUUGUGAAGCAGUACAAAAUGCAUGAAGGGUGUUUCGCGCUUGAAUACGCUCGAGGCUGGAUCCCUCUCAUGCUCCCCUUCGGCUUCCUUGACACCUUCACAUCCACUCUGGAUUUCCCAACGCUCUACAACACGGUUCGAAUUACCGCACGAGAGAUGCUCGGCAACCUCUUCAUUGCUAAAAUAUAG